UUUCCUUAGCGCAGUAUAGCUAGCGCCUCGCAUGGGGAGGACGCGUUCGCGCUCGAACGCAUUUUAUAUCCGAAAAGGUUCUCUGUUGUGUUAAGAUCACGCAAUAAUGAAUGCGAGAGAAUACAGAGAGAAAUUAAUUGAUGAAGUGAAAAAGUACCCAGUGUUGUACGACACAAACCACGAGAACCAUCGCGAUAUCGAUGUCAGAGACCGUUGUUGGCAGGAAAUAUCCGAGCGUCUCGGGGCUAACUGCGAAGUAUUAAAACGCGAAUGGAAGAUCCUCCGCGACUCUCUUCGACAAUCCCUCAAGAAAAGCGACAAGGGCGUUACGACUAAAGCAGGACUGCCCUGCAAGAAAUGGCGUUUCCAGAAUAGGAUGUCCUUUGUUCUACCGUACAUGACGAUGAGGCCGGAUGCUUCCAGGAACCGUCGUUCGUUAAGGAGAGAUAUCAAAUUGGACGACACUGAAGCCCAAUCCGACCAGGACCAGGAGUCGGAAGUGUGGGACCCGGGCAAUAGCGACCAAGACUCCUUGGACUUAUACUUCGCCAGCGUCUGCCAAAGCACAAAGAGGCUACCAAAGAAAUACCAGAAUCUGAUCAAGAAGCAAGUACUGGAGGUGUUGCUCAGGGUCGAAGAGCAAGUAGAAGCGGAGUCGGGGGAGUCCAAAAUGACAGUGUACAAAAACUCUGAAUAAAAAAACAGCCUUUCUUAACUUUAAUUACUCCGCCGAGUGGAAAUCUGAUGAGACUCCCUGUUUAUAGAAAUUAUUCCAAUAAUAAAUGUUUAGUGUAAUUUUAAAUAGUGAUGUGAGUCUUCUGAAUAGUGACUGGUUUCUAAUGUGCGGUAAAACUCGGUAUCGAGGUUUAUCAGAUGGCAUGUAGUUUCUGCGAUGAAGGUUUUAGCUAUAUGACGUAAGUAAUUGUAUCCGUAAUCAUCUUAAAAUCGGUAAGUAAUCUGGAACGUAGAGUUUGUUGUCGAAUAUCAAUAUGUGAUGGUUUGUUUGUUUCGAUAGAAUUUUUUAAUAAAUUAUUAUUUCCAGUAAAAUAUAUGAACAUUUUAU